AAUAUUUCAAUAAUUUUAUCAUCAGUUAGGCAGUUAGGGAAUCAACUAUUAACCAUGCAUAACAGAAUGUACAGAGAGGAGAGUCAUUUAUUACAAGACAUAUACGGAUAGCUAGAUCAAUCAACUUAUUCCACCAAUUAAGUAUAUCUGCUCUCUCUCCGGAUAGCUAGGAAAUCGACCCUUAUAUGACGUACCAUUUAACCAUUGGGCGGCGCAAGAGGGGAGGGGGUGGGCGGUUGGACGGAAACGUUAAGCUUGAGGCCCAACGAACAGUAGUUCAAGAGGCUGCAAAGGUAGUAGAAGACACCCGAUUCCCUGAGAGGGAUUAUGAGUGGCGGAACGUGGUCGGUGAAGGCCUGAAACGGCUGAUUGGCGGUGCAGGCGUCGUACUCCCUUUUGGAGACUUGGAUGAGGUUGUAGAAGACGGGGUCGAAGUCAAACAGAAGGGUGUCUCCCGGCCGGAAGGAGCCGGAGGAAGACCAGUUGCCGUAGAAGUGGUUGUGGGGCGGGAUGGUCCACCCCCACUCCUCUCCCACCCUGUGUUCCACCCCACAUGCCCUUCGGUCCACCCAACAAGCAGCAACCAGUACCACCAUCACCACUCUGCACCCUUGCUUUCCCAUUAACCAGUUCCUGUUUUUACUUGAUGAUGAUGGUGAGGAAAUUAAUUACGGAAGGAAAGGGGCAGUUUGAUCAAACUAGAGUAACGUCUGUGCAGUUGAAACUUGCAACAAG